AAGUGUAGUUUAUUACAGAUAAAAUGCCAAGACGUGGACGUGCUGCAUCCCCUCCUCCUCGUGCCCCUGCUCGAGCCUAUGCUCCUUCCCGCGCUGCUGCUCCUCCUCCAAGGGCAGCUGCUCCACCAGCCCAGAACCUACCAGCUGCUGCUCCUGCCUCUGCUCCCAUGAUGGGCGGAGCUGCUUCACAACAGCCAAGUAUGUUCAAGCAGAUGGCUGCUACCGCUGGAGGUGUAGCUGUUGGAUCAGCUAUCGGCCAUGUGGCCGGUAGCGCAAUGACCGGCAUGUUCAGUGGUGGAAGCAGCAGCAACGAAGCUGCUCCUGCUCAACAACAGCAACAGCAGCAGUACGGACAACAACCUCAAUACGGUCAACAACAACAGCAAGAGAACGGACCUUGUGCCUAUGAGAUUAAGAACUUUAUCCAGUGUGCACAGAACCAAUCUGAUAUCAGUCUUUGUGAAGGAUUUAAUGAGGCACUCAGACAAUGCAAACAGUACAACGGUAUGUAAGACGAGACGAGCAUUGCUGAGAAGGCCGGAGAAACAAAACAUUUAUUCAACUUUAGUUUAAUUAUGAAACAUCUAUUUAACCUGAUCUAUAAAUUACGAAAUCUAUUCACGAAGGGUCAACCUUAGAAUUCGUUCCUUGCAACUUUAAGAUUCCAAUAAAUUUGAGUUAAAUCUUG